AUGUUUAACAGUAUUCAAAAGUUAACCAAGGGUCUUGCAGACGAGUUUGAGCAUGCCAUCAAAAACGUCGGCGAUACGUCUUCGGCUAACCAGCGUCAACAGCGUCAACCCACCAACGCUGCCGACUCAACCUCGUCUGGACAACCUUCCAAGGGUGUCUCCAAGGCCUUUGAUACCCUUAAAGCUAAUGCAGGGAUUUUGAGCACACAAACCCCGGACCCGGACUCGCUCGAUAUUCAUUCCUCUCCAAGACCUGAAACCCCAAGCAAAGAACUAUCACCACAACCAUCAUCUCAUCCUACAGAAACCACAGAUUCUAACCAAUCAACAACAAAUUCAUCAACACAAGAGCAUGGAGAUACUUCUGAUUCUAAUCAUCCUGAUAGCGAACCUAAUAAAGAUGCACAGGCUGCACCUCCUAAUCCCGUUAACACUGUUGAAUAUGACGGAUUCAUCGUUCCUAGAGAAAUUGUUCCGAAACUCCGGAAAUUUAAAAAGUACGAAGCAAAGUACCCAGAGCUUGUCAAGGCUUACCGACUAGAAAAGAAAAAGACCGAGCUCAUUGGUGUUUUUGAGCGCGUUCUCCAAGAAUAUACCCCUGCACACUCCAUCUCAGAAUCAGAAACACUUGUCGAGUACCUUCAAAAUCUUACUCUUCAAUCUUCCAUGCAAAACGAAGAGCUGCGGCGCAUGGCUACUGAAAUUGAUUCACUGAAAAAGUCUCGCGAUGCUGAUGCUAAAGAAAUCCGCACCAAGACGGAGGACGUUCAAAUCUUACAAGUCGAAAAGGAAAGUCUUUUGGAAAAAAUCAAGGAGCUUUCAGAAGCUAACAAGGAGAUUGAAAGCAGCCAUAGUAGUAAUGUCAAUGUUGAGGAAAUUUCAAAGGAGCUAGAAGAAGUCAAAACUAAAGAAAAGGAGGCCCGAGAAAAACUGGAAAAAGACCUUGAAGAUCUCAAAACACAACUCGAUGAAUCUAAAAAGGGAUUUGUUGUUCUUGAGACUGCUCUUACCACUUCUAAAGAAGCGUUGGCCAAACUCGAAACUUCGCUUUCAGAGUCCAAGGAGGCCCAUUCCAAGACCGAGGCCGAGCUCAAGGAAGCCCAUGACACUAAGACCAAACUGGAGGAAGCAAUUGAAUCCAAGUCUAAGGUUGAAUCUGAGCUUAAGGAAGUAACUGACGCCAAAUCUAAGGCUGAAUCUGACCGUAUAGAGGUGACUGAAGCCAAAACCAAGAUUGAAGCUCAGCUUAAGAGUGAAUCCGAGGCAAAGUCUGAAUUAGAAGAAAAACUUAAAGCUGCUAUUGAGGCCAAGACCAAAGCUGAGGCUGAGAUUGCUUCUGCUGCUGUUGCGUCUCGUGCUCUUGCAGAGACCGAGAGCAAAGAUGCUGCCGAAUCAAAGGCUGCUCUUGAAAAGGAGCUUGCAGAAGCUACCAAGGCCAAGGCUGAUCUCGAAGCUGAGCUCAAGUCUGCGACUGAAGCUAAGGCUACUCUGGAUACCGAGCUCAAGAGUGUUUCCGAGUCCAAGACUGUUCUUGAAACUGAGCUCAAGUCUGUUACUGAAUCUAAGUCUACGCUUGAAAAUGAAUUGAAAUCUGCUACCGAGUCGAAGUCUACUCUUGAAACUGAGCUCAAGUUUGCUACUGAAGCCAAAUCAACUCUCGAAUCAGAACUCAAGUCUGUUGCUGAAGCAAAGUCUACUCUUGAAUCAGAGUUUGAGUCUGCUAACAAAAGUAAGUCCACUCUUGAAUCAGAGUUGAAAUCUGUCAACGAAUCCAAAUCUUCUCUCGAAUCAGAACUUCAAGCAAUUACAGAAUCCAAGUCUACCCUUGAAUCCAAGUUUAAAUCUCUUAUCGAGUCUAAGUCUAAGGAUGAAGAAGAUCUCAAGGCAUCAUCCGAGUUGGUUGCGAAACUGGAAACUCAGCUUAAGGAUUCUGAAUCCAAGUCUGCAGAAGAACUUAAGGCUGCUAAGGAGGAAGCUGCUACCCUUUCCAAGUCGCUUGAAGAAUCAAAGAAGGAACUUGAUGACCUUCAUGAACAAAAGUCUAAGACUGCUGCUGGCUUUGAAGAAGCCAAGAAGAAGGCCGAGAAGCUUUCUAAGGAAGCUGCUGAACUUAACAAAAAACUUAAAGAAUCUGCUGCAGAACACAAAAAUACCCUUGCCAAAUCAGUUGCCGAUAUUGAUGAUAAGAACCAACAAGAAAUCAAAUCUCUCAACACCCAGCUAGAGGAAAAGAAUGUCGCCAUCACUAAACUCGAGCGAAAAGCUGAGGUUCUUACUAACUCAGCAAAUGUCAUUCGCAACCAACUGACGACUAAGAAUGAAGAACUUGAAAAAGUCAGAGAUGCUCGGGAUGCUCUUUCAAAGAAAGAAUCUGAGUGGACUCAGCUACGCGAGUCUUUGGAAAAACAAAUUAAUGAGCUUCGGGUAACUUCCACCAAGCGAAGUAUCGAUGAUGAAGAAGAGUCUGAGACUCCUGAAAAAGUCACUGAGCAAAUCCCCGUCAAAGAUUCUUCUGCUUCUGAUGAAGAAGUUUCUGAACUUAAAACGCAAAAUGCAAAGCUCGAAUCUGAAAUUUCCGCUUUGCAUACUAAGCUUUCAGAGGCCAACAAUAGCCAUAUUGAGUCUACAUCUAGUCUUGAAAAGGAAGUCACCGGUCUUAAGGAUCAAAUUGCUGAACUAGAGUCUAAGUUUGAGGAGGCUUCCAUUACUGCCGAAUCAGUUCCCACUCUUGAAAAGGAAUCUCUUGAACUCAAGAGCCAGAUUCAGGAUCUUGAAACUAAACUGAAAAAGGCAUCGACCACUGCAGAUUCUGUUCCUACUCUUGAAAAGGAGUCAGCCGAUCUUAAGAGCCAGGUCAGUGAUCUGGAGACUAAACUGAAAGAAGCUACUACAACUGCUGAAUCUGUACCCAUUCUUGAAAAGGAAUCGUCUGAGCUAAAGAGCCAAGUUAAAGAUCUUGAAACUAAACUUAAGGAAGCUUCUGCGACUGCAGAAACUAUCCCAACUCUUGAAAAGGAGUCCAACAAGCUUAAGGAUCAAGUCAAGGAUCUUGAGACCAAACUUAAAGAAGCCUCUGCUACUGCUGAAACCGUUCCUACCCUUGAGAAAGAAUCUGCUGAUCUUAAAGAUAAGAUCAAUGAACUUAAGACUGACCUUGAAACUGCUGCUGCUGUCGCUGAAGCUUCAUCUUCUCUUGAAAAAGAGUCUACUGAACUUAAGAACAAAGUCACAGACCUUGAAACUAAACUUGCUGCUGCUGUUGCUGCUGCUGCAACUGUUGCUAUUCUUGAAAAGGAAAUUUCUGAUCUCAAUACUAGAAAUGAUGAGCUUUCUUCGAAGCUCUCCACCGCUACUGCCACAGCUGAAUCCGUUCCUGAACUUGAGAAACAAGUUUCCGAACUCAAGUCGAAGAGCACUGAGACUGAAUCCAAGUACACUGAUAAUAUUUCUGGUCUUGAAAAGGAUCUUGCUAAUUUAAAGGAUAAAAAUUCUGAACUCGAAUCUAAGCUUUCUGCUGCUGGUGAAUCUUCCAAGGAAGUUGAAAAUCUCAAGUCCGAGCUUUCGGAACUCCAAUCUAAGCUUGAUGAAACACUUGUGGAUAGCAAGGCCAAGCUUAAUGCAGAAAAGGAAGAAGUUGGAAACUUGAGAGAAAUGCUUAAGGAAGUUGGUCAAAGUCUUGUUGUUGCACGCGAGGAGAUUGUGGAGCUUAAGAAAAAAGAGAAUGAAAUCCAACAGACUGUCAAGAACCUUGAGGAUGAAAAGACUAAUUUGGAAAAACAGGUUGCCGAGACUGUUGAUAAUAAGGAGGCUGAAGAGGCGCAUAAGGCUGAACUCUCUAAGCUUAAUGAGCAGCUCAAAUCUCUUGAAGAUGAAAGAACCAAACUUCAAACUGACCUUGAAACUGCAACCAAGAAUCUUGAAGAGGCUACCAAAACUUCUCAGGAGGAAAUUUCCAAGGUUAGGGAUGAACAUCAAUCUGAGAAGCGUGGACUUGAAGAGAAGCAUGAGGUUCUCAACAAGGACGUUACUGCUCUCAAAGAAUCUGAGGAGAAACUUAAGAAGCAGCUUGCUGAAGCAAACGAAGCCAAGAAUGCCUUCCAGGAUGCACUCAAGAAAAAGGAAAAGGACCUUUACAAGAAGAUUAACGAGUUGGAAAAUUCUAUUAAGAGCACUGAAAAGGAGGCUCGUGCCAACCUCAAUUUAUCACAAGAGCGCUAUAAGGAAAUUUCCCAACUCAACGAAACAAUUUCCCGUCUUCAAGGUUCUCUCAAGACUGUUGCUGAAAAGGCCGAAGGUUUGGAAACUACUAAAGAGAAUCUCAACCGUGCAAAUGACGAAGUUAAACGGUUGACUACAUCUGAAAAGGCUCUGCGCAAUGAAAUCAAUGCACUUACUUCUAUUAUUUCUGACAAGGAGGAUUCUCUUAACAAGCUCACUGAGGAACUUACUACUGCUGAGGCACAACAAAAGAAGAGCGAAGGCCGCAUCAGCACUCUUCGUCAAAAUAUUCAGCGUUUGGAGACAGAGCGUCGCAAGUUUGCUGAUCGUGAGGCUCUACUGAAGCAGGAUGUCGACCGCAUGCAACAAGAUGUUGAGCGGCAAUCGUCUCUGCAAAAUGCCUGGGAGACAGAGCGUAAUAAACUUGUUUCAGAAGCUGGUAAGCUGCGUGCACAGCUUGAUUCUCAAGAAGCUCAGAGAAACAGUAGCAACAACUUGCUGGAGUCACUUCGUAAGCAAAAUGAGGAGCUUUCUGUGCAGCUUGCCGAAUCCACUACACGUCUUGAGGCUAUGGAGGAAGAGAUUUCGCAGACACAUAAGCAUCUGCAGGAUCGCAUUACAGAGGCAGCUACAAUGCGAAGAUUACUUUCUGAGAGCGAGGGUUCUCAGGGAUCCAAGCUGAAGGAGGUUACUGAGAAACUUGCUUCAAUGCAAGAGGAGCGUGACCAACUGGAGGCUGAGGCAGUGCAGUUGUCUAAGCGACGAACAAGAGAGAUUGAAACCCUCAAGGAGCGUAUUCGUGAUCUGGAACAAAACCUUACUCUUGUUCAGGAGGAAAAAACACGAUACCAUAAGGAUAUCAUUGAGUUACGGACAUCGCGAUCCCAUGCGGACGAUAAACUUCUGGAUGUGGAGAAGGAAGUUUCUGAGUCUCGUGGAGUGAUUUCGCAACUAAGAGAGAAUUUGGCGAAAUCAGAACAGGCUCUGCGGUCGUCGACUCAUACGUGCACUAAUCUCAAAAACAUGUUUGAGGAGGCACAGUCGCGCAUUGAUAAAUUGACACAAAACCAGCAUACCCUCAACACAGACAUUCGCGCUCUGCAGGCGGAGAAGCAGCGGCUCAAGGAACAGUGCGAUGUACUGCAGGCAAAUGGAGGUGCCAGUGCAGGACUUAGUUCACCAACAAACGUGUCAAUGGUAUCUUUGGCAUCACCAAUUGGUCGCCACAGCCGAUCCCCUUCACUAUCAUCGCUUAAUGGUGUCAAAUCCAUUCCUAAUGUGGGUUCCUCUGCGCUUAAUACUCAAUAUCUGAAAAACAUUUUGCUGGGCUACUUAGAGCAUAAGGAACAGCGCCAUCAACUGUUGCCUGUUGUGUCGGCUCUACUUGACUUUAAAAGCGAUGACGAGAAGCGCUUCUGGGCUGCUCUCAAUUAG